AUUGGAUUGUUUUUUAGAAAAAAGAGAUGAAGAGAUUGUGGCCGGAAUUGUAACGAAGGGUAGAACUGUCAUUGUGGAGAAAAGGUAGAAAGAAAGGCUUUUAAGGAAUGCCAGCUAUUAACGGACGGCUCCACGUUUUGUCUUCCCCGCUAAAUUUCCGUCCCUUCGUCUUCUUUUUUUAUUACCUCUUUGGAUUUACUUCUCCUAAUGACUUGGCUCAUUUACUUUUUACCAACGAAUUUUCACAACAAAAUAGGAAACUAUAAUUAAUAAUUAAUAAUUUACAAGAUUAAAUUGAUGGGUUUUAUGGUCUUUUCACUACCCCUUUUCAUGGAUCCGCGCGUUUUUAAUUUUAGUUGGAAAUGCCUUCGUCCGACGUGGCACCUCCCCCUUUCUUUUUUUUUCUCCUUCCUUCUUCUUCUUCGUCUUCCUCCUUCACAGCUGGGAUCUUCCAUUACCUUUUUUGGCCAAUUUCUUCUUCUUUUUCAUUGACAUUUCUUCUUUUCUUUUGCUGUUUUGUCAUUUGGGCUUUUUUCUUUUACUCCUUUUUUUUUUGGGGAACUUUUUGUUUUUGUCGUUAAGCUUCUCUUUUUCUCUUUCUCUGUCGUUUCUGUGUUACAUUUAUGUUCUUCCAUUUGGUUGAUUGAUUAUUCAUCGUUCAUUUUUAUUAUGUCUUGAAGGAAGAUCCUUUUCAUUUCUUCUUAUAACUGUCCUUCAUUCGGAGUUGUUCUUUCUUGGCGUCUGGUUUGUUUUUUUUUUUUUUUUUUAGUUUCUUGUGCUUAUGGGUUUCUUGAUUUUAGAUUCUUAGUACAUUCUUACCGAUUUCAAUUUGGGAAAUUCUUGUUUGCCUUUGUUGUUGGGGGUUUUGGAUUCUUCCCCAUUUCCCUGAUUCUUCGGUUUUCUUUCUUAUUUUAACACCUAAAAUUCCGUUUCCUGUCAAUUUUGCUUUGCGAUCACAAUGUUCGACAUGUUCUUGAAGCCUAAGUUCUACACAAAAUGCAAGUCUUGCGUAAAGAUGACGAAGACGCGACUGGAUACUACUCGGAAGAAGAAGAAUGCGGUUCUCAAGUAUUUGAAGAACGACAUUGUUGAACUUCUCAAGAGUCGUCUCGAUUACAAUGCUUACAACAGGGCUGAAGGGUUUCUUGUUGAGCGAAAUGUCUUGAGAUGUUAUGAACUGAUUGAUGAGUUUUGUGGCACAAUCUCCAAUCAAAUUCCUGUCCUGAAUAAGGAGAGUGAAUGUCCAGAUGAAUGCAAAGAAUCGGUUGCAACGUUAAUUUACGCUGCAGCGAGAUUCGCUGACUUGCCUGAAUUGCGAGAGCUUCGAAAUCUCUUUACUGAGAAGUAUGGAAGUUCCUUUGGAUCAUUUACUAAUAAAGAGUUUAUCGAAAAGUCGAGGACAACGACUCAAACUAAAGAGAUGAAGAUUCAGCUGCUCCAAGAGAUAGCUCAGGAAACAGCCAUUGAUUGGAAUUCCAAGGCUCUUGAACAGCAGCUGUAUACUCCUCCUCCCGAAAACGAACUUGAUGGUGAACGGAGUGGAGCCACCAAAAGAAACAAAACGAAGGUUGUUUCCGUUCCAGUGUAUGAAAAAAAGGCAAACUCACCGAGAAACAAGAACAAUAGUGAUAAUGAAUCCAUCUUUGAUAGUAGAAGUGAAGGCAACACAACCGAAACCUCGACAGGAGAUAGUACUGAUCAAGAUGUUCAUAAAGGCGUUUCGGGCGAUGAAGUAGAUCAGAAACCCUUCAACCGUAGAUUUGUCCAACCUCCCUACCUUAAGACAAAACCUAUCAAAACAGAAGCAAAUGCAGAGGAACUACCUCGAAAAGUAACUAUCGAAAACGAUGAAAGUAAUCCAAAGUCACCCACAGAAGAGAAGCCGAAACCGAGGUCCGUGAGGAGAAGAAUUGUGAAACCACAGCCUGCAAGGGACAUCAACAUUGACGACGUUGGGAGUUCCACAGUCGAUGUAACGAAAAAGAUUAGCUCAAUUCGAAACAAAGGUAAAGAAACCAUGAUAGGGGAAGAGAAAGGUGCAAGGGAUGACGAAGAAAGAGUAUUAGAUGGGCUUUUAAUGCAAUAUAGUAAGAAGAAAACAAAUCAAGAAUCAAAAAGUAGAGGAAAAAGCAACCUUAAACCACAAAGACAGCAAGAGAAAGACAAUAUUGAACAUCAAAGGCCCACAUCCAGAGCAGUAUCAUUUCCCCCAGAUCAAAAUGAGCCAAUGAAAAAGCAUACUAGAACAAAUUCCUUCGUUCAUCCUAAGCUCCCAGAAUACGACCAACUCGCAGCUCGGAUUGCAGCACUGAAAGAGAAGUAAAAGAUAUCGAUCCAUAAUAGUAACAGACCAUGUUACAAUGUUAAAUCAUUUCUCAAGUCAUGGUAAAAAGGGCUCCUUGGCAAUGAAAAGGAAGAAGAUUCUUUACUUGGAAACUAGAGCAAUUGCACACUUGCAAUUCUAUAUAGGAAAAUUCUAAUCAUCCUUUCCGACAACUUACUCUUCUAAAGGUUUGGAGUAUUAUCUAAAUACUUUGAUAUAUCAUAUCAUAUACUGUGUAGCUCUUUUCUAAAAAGAAAAAGAAAAAGAAAAAAAAAAAAUGCAGUAGCAGCAUUGCUCUAAAGAGUAUAUAAAUUGACGUUGAAUUAUGAUGUUUUGAGUGCCAUUUUUACUGAUAUGGUUAAAGUUUAUAAUUUGAUUAUGAA